UCGCUACGAAAUAUUCCAAAGAUAUUUACUCUACGAACAAUAUAAUCGGUAACUGCGCAGAACCUUUCACCUGCGCUUGAUUUAAGAUUAACGAAGCAUGUUUAAUUGUUCAUCAGUCUGAAAACUAAUCUUCGUAGAAAAUGUCGUCGGUAGCAUAUAUCGUUUUUCUGCUUGCCACAGCAGUGAUAAAAAGCCGCUUUACAGAUAUAUACGCCUCGAAAAUUUACACAUUGAACGUUCCGCACGUAGUGCGUAAUGGAACUGGACCAAUCGAUCUUUCCUGCAUUUACAAUGUCACUAAAGACGAGAACGGUCUUGUAAUAAAAUGGUACCAUAAUAAAGACCAAAUCUAUCAAUGGAUACCACCAAUGCCACCUCAGGAUAUAGGAGUGAUAGAUGGAUUUGCUGAAUAUCCUGAACAAAAUUUAAGACAUUCUAAUUCACAAUCCAUAAUACAUUUGAAAAUGGCCAUGAUCGAAAUGAGCGGAGAGUAUACUUGUAUGAUUAGCACCUUUCAGGAAGAGGACACGAAAGGAACAAAAAUGAUUAUUUAUGUGCCAGAAACUAAUCUGUCCAUUCAUGUUUCUUCUUUCAAUAAAAGUCAUUUAAAUCUAACAUGCGUAGCAAACGGAGCACAGCCGCGACCGAUACUAAAAAUUUACAUAGAAGGAACUGAAGUCAAUAAUUAUUAUGAUAAAACUGUAGAAACAAUAAAAUAUAAAAACAUCCUUUUUGCAACGCGCAGUGCAAUCGUAGAAAAUCCUUUGGAACCAUUGCUAUUAGAGUGUGAAAUUUCCAUACCACACACGGAUUAUAAACGCAGAGAAAGAAUCGUUUAUUAUCCUAUUCAAAUGUUAUCACAGAUUAGUAGCGCGUCAAGCUAUAAAAUUGGCGAUGUUAUCCUCAUCAUCUACAUAGUGUUAUUAUUAAAGUAAAUAAAUGUAUAAGACAAAGAACUUAAGACUUCUAUGUAUGAAACUUGAUGUAUUUAUGUCAUUACCAAAUUCUUCGCAAUCUUUUUAGGAUUAUAAAGUAAUUAGUUCUGAUAAAUCUAUAUCCGUACAAAGCGAAUU